AUGCCUGCUACUGGGCCCGAUGAGCUGACAGAGUAUGGCGUCCGCACCAUUGUCAUCACAGUUGUUUUCUCUUCGCUCGCGACACUUGCGGUCAUCGGAAGGUUCUGGUCACGAUAUCUGACCGCAUUCAAGCCCGCACUCGAAGACUAUCUAGUCGUUGCAGCGUUGAUAGUGACCUGGGGAUAUGCGGCUGGCAACAUCGUCUUCUCCUACAAUGGCCUGGGAGUGCAAGCCGCCUCUCUCAUCGCUGCGGGGAGAAACUACCAGCUGCAAAACCAACUCAAACUCCUCAUCGCCAACCAAGUCACCUACGCCAUUGCUCUCGGCCUCGUCAAAACCUCCCUCAUCCUCUCCCUGAUCCGCAUCUUCCAUGUCUCCAAGACAUUCCGCAUCGUCGCUUACCUCACUAUGACCCUGUGCAUCUGCUGGACCCUCCAAACCAUCCUCAUCGCCUUCCUCAUCUGCCGCCCCAUUUCCUACAACUGGGAUCAAGUAAACCAGACAGGCUCUUGCGGCGACCUCACCGCCGCCUACGUCUCCAUCGGCAUAGUGGACGUCAUCACCGACAUCAUCAUCUUCAUCCUCCCCCUGCCGCUCAUCAGCAGACUCAAGAUGCGCCGCUCCACCCGCUUCGCAACAAUGGGCCUCUUCGCCCUCGGCGUCUUUACAGUAGCUGCAGGCGCCGCACGAACAGGCAUGAUCUACCACACGCGCUUCGACCCCACGGACCCCGAAGGUCCGACUAUGAACCUCAUCUGGGCGGCCGUCGAGCCGUGCGUCGCUAUCGUGGUGGCAUCUCUGCUCGUCACAAAGCCGCUCUUUGUCUUCGCCUCGGCAAGAGUCUCGUCGCUGAUUUCCUCGCUGCCGUAUGCGUCUGCGUGGUCGUCGAAAGGCACUACAAAGGAUAGCAGCUAUAACAACACGAUUGGGACCGCAACGACGAGGAGUAAAGCUGGGUAUAAUAAACAGAGGAGUGAUAGUGAGGAGGAGCUGAGGAACUUGGAGCAUGGGAAGAUUUGGCAGACGACGGAGGUGCAUGUGGAUGAGUGUGAGGCGAGUCCGGCGCCGCAGGGUAGGGGAGAGAAUCCUGCGUAUCCUAAGAUGGCUGUGUGA